AUGCGCUCACUUCGAACCGGCAAAAUCACGGAAAAGAUGGAUGCCUCUUCCUCUACCACACUCACGGUGCAUAGCAAUCUGGCGGAGAACUUCAAAGCCAGACGGACCUCCGGAAUCGACGAAAGACCACUCCUCGGUCGAGAUGCUUCGUUUCACGGUAAACCGAACCCGGCCCCGUCGAGAACGAUCCUUGGACGCCUCUCCCGUCGCCAGCGAGUGGUGUCUUUCGCAUUGAUAUUCAUACUUUUGCUGUGUCUCGUCAUAGUCUUGAUAGCGCAUGUGGAAAGAUUGGCAUCGGGGAGCGAGCUGAGGGUUAUCGUUCAACCUUCAGAUGUUGGAGCGGAGGAUAACAGCUACCGCGCACUGGUCACCGCCACGGCACAUCAAGUCGCUAUACGCCUAACGACGAAUGCACCUGCGGUCUCCGACAUGGUUAUGAUACAGCCCGAAGACGUGGACGCCAUACAUGUAGUCCUAGUAGGCGGUGAGGGAGGAGCUUGGGGCCACAUCCAUCCCCAUUGGAACGACACCACAAAGCAGUGGGCCGUCGACUGGCAAUUCGAACCAGGUCGCUGGGUCCUUGGCCUUACGGUGACCUUCUCACAAGCCGGCGAUGAGACCGCAAGCGAAUUCCGAACUAGCGUCAUGCUAAGGGCCGGAGGCGAAGACACGCUACCAUCAUUUGAAGUCUCAUGGUUGUCUCGAACAAAUCCCACGAUGGACGACCAUGGAUCCCGCAGGUUCCCUCCAUUUCCCAAACCUGGAAGCAUCCUCUCCCAUUUGUCCAUCGGGUCGAAUCUGAACAGCGAGGAUUCGACAACAGCACCUCUCAUCGAUUUCGCGGUUACGUUCCGCAAUCAAACGCUGGCAGGGCGAUCUCAUGUGUUUCUCGUUGCGAGGGAUUUGAGCUAUCUUCUGCAUACACACCCAUCUGAACUGUUCAUGUCGACAAUGAAAGUUGUGGAGCGGCUGGCCGGCGAAUGGUAUCUCAUAGUGCAGGCGGAGACCGCGGAUGAAAACAUUUGGGCAUUCUUUGGCGUGCACAUCUGA